GGUCUCAUUCCUCCCUAGACCGUUGUUGGGUACUGAGUAGAAUGUGUGAGGUAUUAAAAACUUCUACGCUCACCCAAUAACACAAAUAUCGUUUUUUUGUGAAUGUAAAUGAGGCUUGUGUCAACAAACUACAGAACGAUUUGAUCUACGGGAAGACAAAACUACUUGGACGUUAUUUAUUAUCGUGUUUCCGUGCCAGUGGCCAAUUCACAGUAGUGGUUUGAGGAGAAUCCUGAGAGGAAAUCAAACGCGAAACGCCUGGCGAACUUUGUACUGCUUGCGAACUUUACCGUAUCGAUUCCAACCAUGGAAUACAAAGUGGAAGCCCAUCGGAUUAUGAGUAUUUCCUUAGGGAAAAUCUACAACUCACGCGUUCAACGAGGCGGCAUUAAAUUGCAUAAAAACCUCCUGGUCUCGCUGGUCCUUCGCAGCGCGCGUCAGGUCUAUCUGAGCGAGUACUACAGCGGCGCGUGCCUGAACGCUCAGGGCGAACGCGAAGGGAACGAAUGGGACAUCACGGACUCAGAGCGGGAGAAAUUCCCUCCCUCUGCAACGGAAUGCGACCGAGUGGAGAGCACAGAGGAGCCUCAACAGAGCGAGCAGUCCGAGAAAGGGCGCGACUAUCGCGAAAACGACGAUGAGGUAAAAUCAGACCAGGCGGAUAGUACUUCCACUUUACAACAAGAGCAAAACCAAAACUCCUUGUUAGACUCUGUGGCUAAGGUUUCAUCUGAAACACCACCGGAAACCAGUAACGAGCCCAAGGAGAGUCCCUCAGACAGUGCGGUAGCAGAACGCGACUCAACACCUGAAGCCAACGGGGAAUCACAUCAACCACCCAAAACGCAAAGGAAAAGAAGCGCAGAGGAGUCGGAAAGUGGCGAUUCGCCUCAAAAAAGGACCAAAGUUGCCUCAAACGCUGAAGAGGACGAGGAAGCCGAGGAGAUGGACACGAGUAACGUGUCCAACCUCAUAACGAUAUUUGGUUCCAGUUUCUCAGGACUUCUCAGCAAAGACGGCGCCAAACCUGAGGCCGAGGCCGAGGAUAGUGGACAGAUCUGCUGUGACCAAAUGCUGAAGAACCUAAACCCUUGGAGCACGGCAAUAGUAGCUUUCUAAUUGUACUGCACUGUAAGUUACUUCUCAUCCGGGUUGCCCUGAGCGCAUUGGUACCACGUGGUCAGGUCCGACAUCGUAGUGGGGGACUUCCCAGCAAGCAUGAGUGGUGCUACUAAAGUACAAGCUCUGUAAGAUGUCCAGGGAUGGCCUUUCUAGUGAAGGAACUAUCUGAAAGCUGGUCCUGCUCUCUGGGAUCUACAACAGACAGUCCUUGAAGUGUUGAAGCCACGUGAGCGAGUGGCCUUACAACAUAUGCAAACGUGUCAUGAAGGUCACAGUCACUGAACCGAUUCAGAGUCGAUCACAACAAACUUGACUGUACGAAGUUUAAGCCACUGUUUUAACGUCUUUGUUUUAUAAAGACCUGUACAUUUUGUAAUAUUCGAGUGUGUGUGAAUAUAAUGUUUCCCAU